CACACCAGGGAACAGCACAGAGUGAAGAUUCAGGUACACACACCCGUCUCCUUGUUACAUUGAAAUAAGGGAUUAGCCUACACCUCGACCAGUAUGCCUUAAGUUUUGGUGGAUGGCCAGGUUUUCCCCAUGGAUCCUUCCAAAGAGGAAACCACACCACUGGUCAACCGGGACAGGAUGGGUAGCCAAAGGUCUGGCUCAGAGUUUGGUUUGCAGGUCCAUCUCUACUUCAGCCCAUUGCAGGAGGGAGAAACGAGCCUGAGCAUUUCCCCUGGGGAGAUCACUGCAGAGGAGGUCUGCAUUGCUGCCGCAAAGGAAUGCGGAAUACUGCCUGUGUACCAUAGUCUCUUUGCCUUGGCUUCUGAAGAUCUCACUUAUUGGUACCCUCCAAACCACAAGUUCAAUCUGAAUGAAUACACAAACAUCGUUGUUCACUACAGAGUCAGGUUUUUCUUCUCAAACUGGUACGGGCAGGGAAGCAAGAAGACAUAUCGUUACAGCAUUGCAAGAAGCCGAGUCAGUGUUGUGCUGGACUACGGCGUCAUUGAUUAUCUCUUUGCUCAGUCACGCAGUGACUUUGUGACCGGGCAGACUGGGAUCUCUCCCCCACUCAGCACACAGGAGGAGUGUCUCGGUAUGGCUGUGCUGGAUUUGUGGCGCAUAGCCAAGGAGCGCAGUCAGAGCCUCAGGGACGUCAGCAAAACCGUCAGCUACAAGUCAUGUCUGCCUGAGACUCACCGCCAGGACAUCCAGCGGCUGAACCGCCUGUCACGCUAUCGCAUUCGCAAGACUCUGAAGCACAUCCUGCACAAACUAGGCCGCUGCCCAGUGGGUGGCCACAGUCUGAAGAUCAAGUACCUGAUAGAGCUGGCGGCGGUGGUGCCCUCCCACGGCAAAGAGAGCUUCCAGGUACAUGACGCUGGAUGGCAGCAAAAGGGAGAGGAGCCCAGGUGCAUGUUUCUGCAGGUCUCUGGAGAGAACGGCAUACAGACCAGAGCUGCUAACGUUCAGGAGUGGCAGACCUUCUGUGAUUUCCCAGAGAUCGUAGACAUCAGCCUUAAGGAGUGUCGUGAACAGGUGUCUCUGGAGAGCAGGGUGGUUACUGUGACCAGGCUGGAUGACAGAUGCUUGGAGGCUGAGUUCAAAACCCUGACAGAAGCUGUGUCAUUUGUGUCACUUGUUGACAGCUAUUUCAGGCUGACCACAGACUCCAGUCACUACUUCUGUCAGGAAGUUGCUCCACCAAGCUUGCUCAGUGACAUCAGAAACCAAUGUCAUGGGCCCAUCACGUCAGAAAUUGCAGUGCACAAGCUGAAAAAAGCUGGGCCAAAAAAUGGCAUGUUCCUCAUCCGACACAGUCCGAAAGACUAUGACAAGUACUUUCUUACUGUCUGCGUUCAGACUCCCCUCGGAAUGGACUUUAAGGACUGUCUGAUUGAGCAGGGCAGAGAGUUUCAUCUUUCCGGAGUCCACACCUCCUUCUCAAGCCUCAGGGAACUUGUAGCCUUCUAUCAAACUAAUGUGCUUUUUCUGGCGGAGGUGCCCAUCAAGCUAGGGAAAUGCUGUCCUCCUAGACCAAAAGAGCACACAAACAUGAUCAUCAUAAGGAACAGUUGUUCAGCAGAAACCCUGGGAUCACCAACACUCCCAAGGCACAAGGCCAGUCAUGUCCAGUUCCAGAUGAUGAAGCAUGAAGACCUUCAGUGGGGGGAGAACCUGGGAAAAGGAUCCUUCACUCGCAUCUACAAAGGUGGCAAGACUGACAUCCGGGAAGGGGAGAAGCAUGUGACGGAUGUUUUACUAAAAGUGCUGGACAAUAGUCAUAAAAACUGGUGGGAGUCAUUCUUUGAAGCAGCCAGCCUGAUGAGUCAGAUUUCACACAAGCACCUGCUCCUGGUCUAUGGAAUAAGUGUUCACAGAUCCAAGAACAUUUUAGUGCAGGAGUUUGUGAAGUGUGGAGCCCUGGACCUGUACCUCAGAAAAAAAGGACAGUCUGUACCGGUCAGUUGGAAACUGGAUGUGGCCAAACAGCUAGCCUGUGUGCUGAACUUCUUGGAGGAAAAAAACAUUGUUCAUGGAAAUAUUUGUGCCAAAAAUCUGCUUUUGGCUAGAGAAGGGGACACUUCCGGGACAUCUCCCUUCAUCAAACUAAGUGACCCAGGGAUCAGUUUGACAGUUCUUGGCAGAGAAGUGUUGCUAGACAGGAUUCCAUGGGUGGCUCCUGAAGUGGUGGAGGCCCCAGAUAGUCUGGAGUUAGAGUGUGAUAAGUGGAGCUUUGGAACAACAUUGUGGGAGAUCUUCAAUGGUGGGAAAGCGCCACUUCAUGGCCAGGAACCUCAGCAGAAGCUGCUGUUUUAUGAGAAUCUUGAGCAGCUGCCUUGCCCGGAUUGGCCAGAGUUAGCUGAUCUAAUUGAACGAUGUAUGGACUACGAUCCGGCAUUGCGACCCUCGUGUCGUGCCAUAAUUCGCCAGCUCAACAGUCUCAUAACCUCAGACUACGUGCUGCUGUGUGACCCCGAAGCUGGCGCAGCCCCAGAGAAGGACAGCUUCUGGAGAGUUCUGAAUGUCUCUUACCAGCAGGAUCCACUGUAUGAGGAAAGACACCUACGAUACAUUGCCCCCCUUGGAAAGGGAAAUUUUGGUAGUGUGGAGCUGUGUCGCUAUGACCCACUGGGGGACAACACGGGAGAGCUGAUCGCUGUGAAAAAGCUACAGCCCAACAAGAAAUCAAAUAUGGCAGACUUCCAGAAGGAGAUCCACACCAUCAGUUCCUUGCACUGUGACUACAUUGUCAAGUACAGGGGCAUCUGCUACAGUAUGGGUCGUCUCAGCAUGAGUUUGGUGAUGGAGUACUUGCCCUACGGCAGUUUGAUCGGAUACCUGGAGAAGAACAAACAACACGUCAACAGAAAGAGGCUAUUGCUCUUUGCUUCACAAAUAUGCCAGGGAAUGGAAUAUCUGCAGAGCAUGCGAUAUGUGCACAGAGAUCUGGCUGCUCGGAACAUCCUGGUGGCGAGUGAAACACUGGUCAAAAUAGCAGACUUCGGACAGACCAAGAUCAUCCCUGUUGACAAGGAGUAUUAUCGUGUGACACAUCCAAGAGAAAGCCCCAUUUUCUGGUACGCUCCAGAGUCCAUCACCGAGUUCAAGUUCUCACACAAAUCUGAUGUGUGGAGUUUUGGGGUUGUCAUGUAUGAGCUCUUUACCUACUGUGAGCAUACUCAAAACCCAAAGAGGUUAUGUCUCCAGAAGAUUGGGAAUGAAAUGCAGAGCCCUUCCAUCUCAAUGCACCUCGCCAAUAUCCUCAAGGAGGGAUGGAGGUUGCCAUCCCCACCACACUGUGCACCAAAGGUUUAUGACAUGAUGUGUGACUGCUGGGCCUACAGUUCUGAGGACAGGCCAACCUUCUCCAGCCUGGAAGGACAGAUUAAAACCAUUAUCCAAGAUGACAGAGAGGGUUCCAAAGGCUGAAAGACAAAUACUUGUGACAACAUGACAAUCCUGACUGACCAAACAAUAACUCCCCUGAGUCCCCUAUGUUGUCUAUCCCCUUGCAUCAGUCAUCAAACAGGUUUUUAACUUUAACAGACGUAACUGUUUUAUUUUGUGACUUUUUAUUAUUUUUCUUUCUGUAUUAUUGGUUUUCUGGUAUAAUAUUUUCUAUUCAAGUACAUUUCUUUACUUUUUAUCUAGUAAUUAUUAUUUUUUAGUUACUUUUUAAUAAGAUAAGCAGGUGUGUGGGAGUUUUAAGAGCCUCAUGAGAGAUUCAUCAGUUUUUUAUUUACAUACGCUCAUUCAGUACAUACCACAUAUGUCGCAAAUUUUGUGUCUUUUUUUACUCUUUUUAAGGAUAGCAUUUGUUAGAGCUGCUUUUUUAUAUUAAACAACAUUUCAUAAUAUA